GACUCUUGCAACGACUCGCUCCCGCGAGGAACAAUCCUUUGACCUUCGAGUAGAAGAACUCUCCAUUGAACUGGAAAUGUGGGAGACAUUCACGAUCAAUCGCACAAACGAUGUUUCUCCAACGAGGCUCUCACGCUAUCCGACAACAAUGGCGCCUCUACAAUGGUCUGAAGCUGGUGGCGACCGCCGCAGGGUCCGGACGGUACCCCGCUAGGGGAUUCCAUUCAACCCAACAGUUCCGGGUCGUGAAGCCCGUGUUGCUGGCCGACAUUGGUGAAGGCAUCGUUGAAUGCGAAAUCAUCCAAUGGUUCGUCGAGGCCGAGGCACGGGUCGAGGAGUUCUCGCCGCUGUGCGAGGUCCAGAGCGACAAGGCCUCCGUGGAGAUCACAAGCCGCUUUGCCGGCGUCGUCAAGAAGCUCUACUACGAUGCCGGGGAGAUGGCGAAAGUUGGCAAGCCGUUUGUCGACAUUGACAUUCAGGGCGAUGCAAACCCGGAAGUUCUCGAGGCGCUCACGCCGGCCGAGCCGAAGCAGGAGGCACCGGCAGCGGCUAAACAGAGCUCACAGCCCGGUGCAAGCCCAGGCACUACCCCAGAAAACAAAGGCACCGCCAGGGAAGAGGUCAAUAGGGGUCAAUGGCAAUCCCAACAGCAGCAGGGAGAACAUGCUACAUUGGCAACCCCUGCGGUCAGGCAUCUAUCAAGGGAACUGAAAGUGGACAUCUCAAAAAUACCUGGAACUGGGAAGGGUGGCAGGGUAUUGAAGGAGGAUAUCUACAAGUUCGUCGAGGGCGGGCGUGUGGAAUCGAAAGGCGGGCCUACAAGCCCGCAGGUGGCACGUUCAGCGCCAGAGGCAGCUGCCGGCCCGCAGACGGAGACACCGGUGCCGUUGACCAAGACCCAAGAGCAAAUGUUCAAGGCGAUGACGCGGUCGCUCAACAUCCCGCACUUCCUCUACGCCGACGAGGUGGACUUCACGAGCCUGGUCGAGCUCCGCGGCCGGCUGAACAAGGUCCUCGCCAACUCGCCCGAGGGGUCGGGCGACGUGGGGAAGCUGUCCUACCUACCCUUCAUCAUCAAGGCCGUGUCGAUGGCGCUGUACAAAUACCCGAUCCUCAACGCGCGCGUGGAGAUCGACGCGGCGACCUCCAAGCCCGGCCUGGUCCAUCGCAGCCAGCACAACAUAGGGGUGGCGAUGGACACGCCGUCGGGGUUGCUGGUGCCGGUGAUCAAGAACGUCGGGUCCCUCAACGUCCUCACCAUCGCGUCGGAGCUCGUGCGCCUCCAGAUGCUCGCUAUGGCGGGCAGGCUGUCGCCACAGGACAUGUCGGGCGGCACGAUAACGGUCAGCAACAUCGGCAACAUCGGCGGCACGUACCUGUCGCCGGUGAUUGUGGAGCGCGAGGUGGCGAUCCUGGGCGUCGGCAGGAUGCGCGACGUGCCCGCCUUCGACGGCGGCUCGGACCGCGUGGUCAGGAAGCGCGUCUGCAACUUCAGCUGGAGCGCCGACCACAGGGUCGUCGACGGCGCGACAAUGGCCCGCGCGGCCGAGGUGGUGCGCCGCAUCGUCGAGGAGCCGGACGUCAUGGUGUUGCAUCUGCGGUAGGGUUUUUCUCUGCGGGGGUGUCAGGAGGGGCCGUCCCUUGGCUGGUGGCGUACGAACGGUGCCCUUGGGGAGGGGUAGGAGGUAGGGGGUAGAUGGUACGGGGUGAGGGUUGAAAAGGGAACCGGUGUGUUCUUCAUGUAUGGUCCCUCGAAAGGGAACGGGGCCGCAUGACUUGGAUCAUGGGACGUUUGGCUGUCAAUUAAAGAAAAGCAUGGCGGGCCGAACCAAUUGUUUCGAUUAGAGUAAUCAAUUGCCAACAAUCCAGGGCUGUAGAGCAUGAUGCAGCCUGCAGGCGACUCCUUUCGGGAGGAACGUGCCGUUACAUUGGUGCCCAACGCGACCCUGACCCGAGUUGACAAAAUUGGCCCGAUGGGAAGGAAGUGCGGAUGACGUAGAACCUUUAUUUGCGAAAGGGAG